CAAUUGGGAUGACAUGAAAGCUGCCAUGAGGAGAAGGUUUGUUCCUUCACACUAUUAUAGAGACUUACAUUUGAAGUUGCAAAGUCUUAAACAGGGAACAAAAUCUAUUGAAGAAUACCAUAAGGAGAUGGAAAUAACCAUGAUUCGUGCCAAUGUUGAAGAAGAUAGAGAGGCAACAAUGGCUAGAUUCAUUUGUGGUCUCAACCGUGAGAUUGCGAAUGUUGUGGAACUACAACAUUAUGUGGAAAUUGAAGAUGUGGUCCACAUGGCUAUGAAAGUUGAGAGGCAACUUAAAAGAGGAGGAAGAUCAUCAUCCAAGCAUGAAGCUGCUGGUUCAUCUAAUUGGAAGUCCAAAUGGAGUCCUACUCCAAAACAAGAAGAAAAGCCUACUUCUAGGCCUAAAGAAGAAAAAAACUAUGACCAAACAAUCUGAAAAAGGUACUUCUUCCAACCAAACUCAAAAAAAUCGUGAUAUUAAAUGCUUCCGAUGUCAAGGCUUUGGUCAUAUUUCUUCUCAAUGCCCAAAC